AUGGCCUACACGAGCCUCGUCACCGAUCUGCCCGUCAACGGCAAAAAGUAUAAAUUUUUUGACCUGACCGCCUUGAAGGAUGACCGCUAUGAAAAACUGCCCAUCUCCAUCCGUUAUUUGUUGGAGUCGGCUGUCCGAUACUGCGAUGAUUUCCAUGUAAAGAAGGCCGAUGUCGAGACGAUCCUGAACUGGCAAGAGAUGCAGACGGCUCAGGCUGAGAUUCCGUUCAAGCCAGCCCGCGUGAUUCUGCAGGAUUUCACCGGUGUCCCUGCUAUCGUCGACCUGGCCGCCAUGCGUGACGCCGUGCAGCACAUGGGCGCCGAUCCGGCCAAGAUCAACCCGGUGUGCCCGGUUGACUUGGUCAUCGACCACUCGGUCCAGGUUGAUGCUUACGGAAGCCUCGAUGCUCUGGCCAAAAAUCAGUCGAUCGAAUUCGAGCGUAACAAGGAGCGUUUCAACUUUUUGAAGUGGGGCUCGAAGGCGUUUGACAACCUGUUGAUCGUCCCCCCUGGCUCGGGCAUCGUCCACCAGGUCAACCUCGAGUAUCUGGCUCGAACGGUGUUUGCUGAUAAGGACGGCGUUCUCUACCCCGACUCGGUCGUCGGUACCGACUCGCACACAACCAUGAUCGAUGGUUGUGGAGUCCUUGGAUGGGGUGUUGGUGGCAUUGAAGCCGAGGCCGUCAUGCUCGGACAGCCCAUCUCCAUGGUCAUCCCGGAAGUCAUCGGCUACGAACUGACCGGCCAUCUUCCUUCGGUCACCACCAGCACCGAUCUUGUGCUGACCAUUACCCAGAACCUGCGUGAACUCGGCGUCGUCGGAAAGUUUGUCGAAUUCUUCGGAGCCGGUGUUGCCUCCCUGUCCAUUGCGGAUCGCGCCACCAUCGCCAACAUGUGCCCGGAAUACGGAGCCACCGUCGGCUUCUUUCCAGUUGAUGCCCGUACCAUUGACUACCUCCGCCAAACUGGUCGUGAUGAGGAAGUCAUCGCUCGUACGGAAGCCUACCUAAAGGCCAACCACCUCUUUGUCGACUAUUCCGAUGUUAACUUCCGGCCAAACUACACCAAGGUACUGAAGCUCGACCUCGGCACCAUUGUCCCAUGCGUCUCGGGCCCGAAACGCCCCCAUGAUCGUGUGGAUCUUGACAAGCUCCACGCCGAAUUCAAGGAGGGUCUUGGCGCCAAGGUCUCCUUCAAGGGCUUCGGGCUCAAGCCUGACGAGCUGCCAAAGACGGUCAAGCUGUCGGUGGACGGUCAGGAGACGGAGCUGCAGCACGGAUCGGUCGUCAUUUCGGCAAUCACCUCCUGCACAAACACCUCCAACCCGUCGGUCAUGCUGGCUGCUGGAUUGGUGGCGCGUAAGGCCCUAGCAGCUGGACUGAAGGUCCCACCCUUCGUCAAGACUUCCCUGUCGCCCGGCUCUGGUGUUGUCACGAAGUAUCUCGAAGCUUCCGGACUGCUCCCCGACCUCCAGAAGCUCGGCUACCACAUUGCUGGCUAUGGCUGCAUGACCUGUAUCGGCAACUCGGGGCCCCUGCACGAUGCCGUCUCGGCCGCUAUUGAGGAUAACAACCUGGUCGUAUCGGGUGUCCUUUCCGGCAACCGCAACUUCGAGGGACGUAUCCACCCGCUCGUCCGCGCCAACUACCUGGCCUCCCCGCCGUUGGUGGUCGUCUACGGACUCGCCGGAAAUGUCAACAAGGACAUCUUCAAUGAACCGAUCGGCCACGGAACUGAUGGAAAGGCCGUCUACUUCAAGGAUGUUUGGCCGACGAGGGAAGAGAUCGCCGAAAUCGAGGAGAAGUACGUUCUGCCGCAAUUCUUCAAGGAGGUGUACGCCACCGUGGAGCUCGGUUCCCCCGACUGGCAAAAGCUGGAAACCCCUCAGGCGAAGCUCUACCCCUGGGACCAAUCGUCGACGUACAUCAAGAAGGUCCCCUUCUUCGAGACGAUGACGCGCGAGCUGCCGAAGCAAGGCUCCAUCGAGAACGCCUACGUGCUGUUGAACGUCGGCGAUUCCGUGACGACAGACCACAUCUCGCCUGCCGGAUCGAUUUCGAAGACAUCCCCAGCAGCGCGCUUCUUGGCGUCGAAGGGACUGACGCCACGCGACUUCAACACAUACGGAGCUCGUCGUGGAAACGAUGAGAUUAUGGCUCGCGGAACGUUUGCCAACAUUCGAUUGGUCAACAAGCUGGCAUCAAAGGUUGGCCCCCAAACCACCCACGUGCCCAGCGGUCAAGAGCUGGACAUCUACGACGCCGCCGAGCGAUACCAAAAGGAGGGCCACCCAGUGAUCAUCCUCGCCGGAAAGGAAUAUGGCUGCGGAUCAUCUCGAGAUUGGGCCGCUAAAGGACCGUAUCUUCAGGGAGUGAAGGCCGUCAUCGCCGAGAGCUUCGAGCGUAUCCAUAGGUCUAACCUAAUCGGUAUGGGCAUCGUCCCCCUUCAAUUCACGGCCGGCCAAAAUGCCGACUCAUUGGGUCUGACCGGCAAAGAACAAUUCUCCAUUGACCUGCCCGACACGCUGAAAGCGGCCGACAUUCUCAAAGUGAAAGCCUCGAACGGUACCACCUUUGACGUGCUAUGCCGCUUCGACACUGAGGUCGAGCUGACGUACUACCGUAACGGCGGUAUUCUACAGUACAUGAUCCGGAAGCUCAUCCAA